CAUACAAUACUCUCCCAGGAGACGAGCUCAGACACCGUUCCACCCUCUUCGGCCCUCCUCUGCUUACCGGUGCCUGGGUUAGUGGCGACACGCGCUAAGUUGAUACCAAGCCGGCAGAGAGGGACAAGAACCGCCACAUUUGUGACCUUGUCAUGUUUGCUGCAACGUCUUCUCCUUGUGUACACACUUCUUCCCAUAGUUGCGCCGAAUAUCUGGGUAAUCGGCUCCAGGUGGAGUGUUGUUUUGCCCGAAAAAUGUCUGUAG